CCGCCCCGCCGGACUCUGCCCUCCCACCCAGGAAGCGGCACCCAGAGGAGCUGCUGAAGAGUUCCAGGGCCCGGAGGAGGGCCCAGGGGGCUUGAGUCUCGGCCUCCCCCCGCACCCGGGGCUGGAGAGGACCAGCAGGCGCCGGGCACAGGAGCCGCUAGAACAAUGCUGAGGCGGGCGAGGUGAGGAGCGCCGCCGGCCCGCGACGGAGCGUCGGAACAGGUGACAGGAGGCUCCGGAGCCGGCCACCCGGGCGGCCCUCCCCGCGCCGGCCCGGCGCCCCGGGGACCGCGGGGGGGAGGCCAUGGCGACCAACUUCAACGACAUCGUCAAGCAAGGCUACGUGAGGAUGAAGAGCAGGAAGCUGGGGAUCUACCGGAGGUGCUGGCUGGUGUUCCGGAAAUCCUCCAGCAAGGGGCCCCAGCGGCUGGAGAAGUAUCCAGAUGAGAAGUCAGUGUGCCUCCGAGGCUGCCCCAAGGUGACUGAGAUCAGCAACGUCAAGUGUGUCACUCGGCUCCCCAAGGAGACCAAGAGGCAGGCGGUGGCCAUCAUAUUCACCGACGACUCAGCGCGUACCUUUACCUGUGACUCAGAGCUGGAGGCAGAGGAAUGGUACAAGACACUGUCUGUGGAGUGUCUGGGUUCACGACUCAACGACAUCAGUCUGGGAGAGCCGGACCUCCUGGCCCCAGGAGUGCAGUGUGAGCAGACAGACCGCUUCAACGUCUUCCUGUUGCCCUGUCCCAACCUGGAUGUGUACGGCGAGUGCAAGCUGCAGAUCACCCACGAGAACAUCUACCUCUGGGACAUACAUAACCCCCGCGUGAAGCUCGUCUCGUGGCCCCUCUGCUCACUGCGUCGCUAUGGCCGAGAUGCCACACGCUUUACCUUCGAGGCUGGCCGGAUGUGUGAUGCCGGUGAAGGGCUCUACACCUUCCAGACCCAGGAAGGGGAACAGAUCUACCAGCGGGUCCACAGCGCCACCUUGGCCAUUGCUGAGCAACACAAGCGCGUCCUGCUGGAGAUGGAGAAAAACGUGAGGCUGCUGAACAAGGGCACGGAACAUUACUCCUACCCCUGCACGCCCACUACCAUGCUGCCCCGAAGCGCCUACUGGCACCACAUCACAGGCUCCCAGAAUAUUGCUGAGGCCUCCAGCUAUGCCGGUGAGGGGUAUGGGGCAGCCCAGGCUAGCUCAGAGACAGACCUCCUCAACCGAUUCAUCCUGCUAAAGCCAAAGCCCAGCCAGGGGGACAGCAGCGAGGCCAGGACCCCAGCCCCGUGACAGCCGGGCUGGCGCACCCAGGACUGUUGGGGCUGCCUGUUGCUGAGCUGGCUGCGGCAUACUGUGGACGGCCUCAGGGGGCUGCUGGCCAAGACCUGGAGCAACGGAGCAAGCUGUCCCUUCCCUGCCCCCAGGGGUGAGGCUGGACCAAGGCAAAGGGCUGGCCACACCACCAGAGCAUGUGAGAGGGGCUGGAGCUACUGUGGGACUAUAUACUGUUCAUGAUUUUAAUAUAUAUGGCUUAUGACAUAUUCUAUAUUAAUGAGAUUUUCCCCCUCCCUCCCCAAUACCACAUAUACAUUUUUUAAUCCCCUGACCAGGUCACAGUCAAGGCUGUUUUUGAAUGUGAGGGCAGCUGUUCCCUGGCCCCCAUAGUACAGCCCUCCUGCUGCCAGGACUUGCUUGAGCUGCCAGGACCAGAGGAGGCAGAGCUCCCGGCUGGCGCUGUAACUGCUGGCUCUCCCCGGGCAGCCCAGGGGCUAAGACGGCAGGUGGCUUCUCAGUUCCUCUGGGCUCAGAGUGGCAGCUUACACUGUGCCACUUGGCAGCCUUGCACUUGGGAAUUUUAAGCAGAGGUGACAUCUGGUUGACACCUCAGGUGAAAAUCUGGGUUCAAAAUGUAAUUUUUGCCCAGGCGCCUUCCUGCUUAGUAGGCUAAGAUACCCCAGGGGUAGGGGUGCUGGUUACCUCAGCCAGGUGGAAGACGGCCAGUCCUGAGCUCUUCCCUGCCCGAGAGCCAGCCCAAGAGGGCAGGCUGCAGCAGGACUGCUGUGGGGAGCACGCCUGCUGCCCCUCUCACUGACCCAGGGUAGGCGAUGUCCUAGCAGAGGAAGCCCCUCUGCCCUGUCUGGCCACCCUCUGGCCAGCCGAAAGCACUCAGAAACCGAGCCCUUCCUAUUUCCUCUUCCCCACAUGGUGCUGAGGCUCCCUGCUGAAAUGCAAUUAAAGCAAUUGAUUUUCUAGUGCUGGUAUUUAUUGACUACCUUGCAGAAGGGCUAUCUUUCUAUUCCCAUCAAACCUUUGGUUGCGUGUGUGUGUGUGUUUUUGUUUUGUUUUAAUACUUUAGGGUUCUGAUUUGUGGGAACAGAUCUUGUUGUAAAUAACCACUAUUCAAGUUGGGGCAGGAUACAGCAGGAGGCCUCUCCAGGAGAGCCCUGGAUCCAGGGAGGGGUCACAGCCAGCUCAGCUCCAAACCUGACCAGGGCAUGACCACCCAGAGGAAUAAAUUAGACUGAAGAAGGGAGCCUGGGGCCAAAGGCCUUGGAGAGAGAAGGAGGCAGGGCUGGCUGGCUCAAGUUAGUGGCACAAUGAUGACGCAUGAAGGAGAUUAUGUUGUGCUCUUUAUUGCCAAAAAUAAAAACUUUUAAAAAGACAA